AUAUUGACGAAUGGACCUAUAAUUUACAUAAGAAAUUUGGACAAAAUGGAAUAUUUGAAUUUAAUAUGGCUGGUAUUAGAUAUGUAAUGAUUAGUCAUGCAGAAUAUGUGAGUAGAUUUAUGUUACCAGAUAAAGGUGAUCAUACGAAUCAUUUAAUGAGAAUCAAUAAAGAUAAGGGGUUUUUAAAUUUACUUGAUUUUAGUACUAAAGGACUUGCACUUAAUUGUGAUUAUAAUUAUUGGAAAUUUAAUCGUCAAAUUGUUUCUCGAGCCAUGAAUUCAGCAUGUCAUUCUAACAGAACUAUUAAGUUAAUAAAUAAUUUAUUUGAAGAAAUGAUAAGUUAUUGGAUUGAUUUAAAAGAACCUGAUAGUGAUUCAACAAUUAUUGAAGCAUCUACUUGGAUGUUUAAAUUUUCGUUCGAUUUUUUAUUCGGAGUAAUAAAUGGUAGCCCAUCAUUUGCGAUGAAGUCAUAUUAUCAAGGAUUGAAAAAAAUUAAUUCCACAAAAGAGAUAAUGGAAUUUGAGAAAUAUUCUAACUGCGUAAGAAAUUUUGAGAAUGAUAAUUUACUUGUAUUUAUGCCAGAAUUUUUUAAAUAUAUUCCUAUAAUCAGAGAUCGUAUUCAGAGUUUAAUAAAUAAUUGUGACUUUAUAAAAGAAAACUCUAAGGAAAGAAUUAGGAAAAGGAGAAAAGAAAUCGAAAAAAUAGUUAAUAAUAGUAACUUUAAAUCGGGACAAUUAGGAGAUGAUCUAUUAACGUCGAUGAUUAUUGCUAAUACUCCAUACGAAAUUCAUCCUGCAAGUAAUGUUGGUCCUUCAUUGUUAAGACCAAUGACUGAUGAUGAAAUAGUUGGUAUUUUGUUUGAAUUAUUUGUACCUUCGGAUAAU